AUGGUUAGAUUAAAGAAUAGAUAUUUAAUGACAGAGGUGGUUUGGUAUGAUCAAAAUAAAAGGACACCUCUAUCAGAAUCAUGGUUAUUUCAAUUUAUUUCAAACGAAAUCAAAACUUCAGUGGGGGAAUUAACAUAUGAGUCAUUUAAAAAGAAUUUAAAAUGUAUCAUAUAUGUUAACCCAGAUACAAAUUUAUUUAUUAUAAGAGUCUCAUUUGAAUAUUACAAAUCAUUAUGGACUGCAUUUUCAUUAAUUACAUCAUACUAUGAUGUACCAGUCUAUUUUAGAGUUAUCCAUGUUGGUGGUAGUAUUAGAAAUUGUCAUAAAGCAGCAAUUAAAGUAUUUAAUAAAGAAAUUACAAUGUUCAGUAGAAGUGAACAAGAUAGAUUUUUAUUGGGAGAAAAAAUUAGCGAUGAUGAAGAUGAAGAAAUAGAAAAUGACGACGAUGAAGAAAUAGAACAUGAUGAAGAAGAAAUUCAUAGUUCAAUGAAAGAAUAG